AUGCAAAGCACAGUUCGAGAAGAGGGGAGAGUUUACGUUUACAUGAAUGCUGGAGAAGGCACAAUGACAGAAAUGGAAUAUGAACUUUCAGGAAGUGACUUAUAUGCAGCAAGGUUUGGAGAAGCUAUUACUAAUCUCGGAGACCUGGACACCGAUGGAUUUGAAGAUGUGGCUAUUGGAGCUCCACAUGAGGAAAAUUUGCUGGGAGCAGUAUAUAUUUACAAUGGAAGAGAAAAAGGAAUCACUCAUUCAUUCACACAGAGAAUUCAAGGGAAGAAACUUGGCUAUUCCUUGAACAUGUUUGGCCAAUCGAUAUCUCAAGGAUUGGAUGCUGAUGGAAAUGGUUAUCAAGAUAUUGCAGUUGGGGCCUUUCUUUCUGACUCUGCGGUGUUGCUAAGAACAAGACCAGUUGUAACCAUUGAUGCUUCUUUAAAACUGCCAAAUUCAGUGAAUCGUACAAAAUUUGAAUGUGUCGAAAAUGGACAUCCUGCAGUGUGCAUGAAUGUAACAAUUUGCUUUAAAUAUCAAGGACGUAGCGUGCCUGGUCACAUUGUUGUGCACUAUAAUAUCAGUUCAGAUGUUAAGAGAAAGAUUGGCACUCCAGCCAGAUUCUACUUCUCUUCCAAUGGGACCAGCGAUGUAUAUUCAGGGAAAAUUGAAUUGUACCAAAAGUUUGUAAAUUGUAAAAUACACCAAGCAUUCAUGAGGAGAGAUAUAAGAGACAUCCUGACUCCAAUACACAUGGAAUCUCGAUACUAUCUUGGAAGACACAUUGUUCAUAAAAGGAAUACAGAUGAAUUCAAACCACUUCAGCCAAUUCUGCAGAGGAAAGAUGGGGAAGAAAAUGUGCUACGAAAUGCGGUUUCCUUUGCAAGAUACUGUGCCUUGACAAACUGCUCUGCAGAUUUACAGAUCUCAGGAAAGGUUUCCUUCCCAGGCAGAUUUCAAAACAAAACAUACGUUGUGGUUGGAGGCAUGAAGACCAUCAUGGUUAAUAUCUCAUUGUUCAAUGCUGGUGACGAUGCCUAUCAAUCCAAUCUACAAAUGAGACUACCCCGAGGACUUUUCUUCACCAAAGUUUUGGACCUGCUGGAGAAACAGAUAAACUGUGCCAUUUAUGAAGAAGAAAAUCAGUUGACAAGAUUGGACUGUACCAUUGGUCAUCUGUAUGUUGACUCUCUGUCAAAGCAAGAAUUCUCUUUUCUUUUGGAUGCCAGCUCACUAAGCAAAGCGGAGGAAGAUCUUGUAAUCAAUGUAACCGUGAACUGUCAAAAUGAGGUAAACGAGGACUCGCUAUGGAAUAAUGAAGCCGUUUUCAACAUUCCCACAAGAUACGAGGUCAAUGUCAAUGUACUUGGCUCAGUAUCUCCAGUAUCAUUUGUCUUUGGCCCACCUGAUGAUGAGAAGAUCUUGUGCAUCAAGGAAACAAUAGAUUAUACAUUCAAAGUGAUCAAUGUUGGACCAAGUAUUGUUCCAAAUGCUGUAUUUGAGAUUAGGCUACCCAACACGUUUGCUCCAAGUGACAUCAAGCUAUUUCAUAUUUUGGAUGUUAAAGUAAGUUAUAUAUCAUUAUAA